AUGACAGAAUAUCUUGAGCAUUCGUUGACCUCAGGUUCUGGAUCAGGUUUGCCACUACUUAUUCAACGCACACUUGCAAAGCAGAUUUCACUAUCAGAGUGCAUUGGCAAGGGACGAUAUGGAGAAGUUUGGCGAGGAGUAUGGCAUGGCGAAAAUGUUGCUGUAAAAAUAUUUUUUUCACGAGAUGAAGCUUCAUGGAGGAGAGAAACAGAGAUAUACAGUACGGUGUUACUCCGCCAUGAAAAUAUUCUGGGAUACAUUGGAUCAGACAUGACUUCUCGCAGUUCUUGCACACAGCUAUGGCUCAUCACACAUCAUCAUCCACUUGGUUCACUGUAUGAUCACCUUAAUAGAACUACUUUGACACACCAUCAGUUCAUGAAAAUUUGCCUCUCUGCUGCUAAUGGCCUUGUGCAUUUACACACAGAGAUUUUUGGAACUCAGGGAAAACCAGCAAUUGCUCACCGUGACAUCAAGAGUAAGAACAUUUUGAUGAAACUGAAUGGUUCAUGUGUGAUUGCUGACUUUGGUUUGGCAGUGACACAUGUUCAGGCAACAGGUGAAAUGGAUGUGGGUUCAAACCCAAGAGUUGGUACUAAACGCUACAUGAGCCCUGAGGUGCUUGAAGAAACGAUCAAUACAGAGUGUUUUGAAUCUUAUCGCCGUGCAGAUAUCUAUGCAUUUGGUCUUGUGCUAUGGGAAGUUUGCCGGAGAACAUUAUCUAAUGGAAUUGCUGAAGACUACAAACCUCCUUUCUACGAUCUAGUGCCAAAUGAUCCCAGUUUUGAGGACAUGAAGAAGGUGGUUUGCAUUGACCAGCAGAGGCCAAAUUUGCCCAACAGAUGGGCUUCCAAUGCGACGCUUAGUGGGAUGGCAAAGCUCAUGAAGGAAUGCUGGCAUCAUAACCCAAAUGUUCGCCUACCAGCGCUUCGUAUCAAGAAAACCCUGGUGAAACUUGCAUCUUCCGAUAUACACGUGCAUCUUGAUCUCGAUAUUUGAUCAUGCCCCAACUUCUUGUCACAUAACCACUUGUCUGGCUACCGUUUCUUAAACAGGGUGGUCACAUUUAUUAGAACAUCUCUAGACUGGCUUCUUGAAAAUCAUGUGCCUGAAUCAUAAUGUGAGAAAAGACACCCUCUUAGAUGUGUGCAAGACCUAAAGCCUAGUCACCGGGAAGUGAUUGGUGGAGAUAAAAUUUUUAUGUUAAAAGAACAGCUAUUUCCAUUGAGAGUUGUGCAGACUUGGAUCAUUGAAAUGUCUGUUUAUUUUUUGUGAACUCAGAUUAUGAGCUAUGCUGGUGACUGGUCUCAGGAUUAUUUGUAUGUUGUGUUAAGUAAUGCCUGUCAUAUCAAUCAGCUGAACCUUGUUAGAUGUAUAGAAGUGUGAGUGACAGAAGAUCUUGUAUUAGUGUUGUAAGAAUGAAUUACUGUGGAGUGUAAACUAAAGAAACAGUGGCUUUGCUGCUGUUUCACUUGUGUUUGUUUGUUUCAUCACCAUUAACACAUUGAUUUAGCAGUACAUUAUAGUUGUCACAUGACAUGUCUAUGGCAUAUACUGGUUUCUUGGUGUUACAGGUACUGUCCAAAUGCAGUGAUAAUCAUUUAAUUUUAUCACCCAGUUUUAAUACUUCCAUAACUUAGCAUUUCUAGUUUACUAAAUUCCCAAAUAUAUGUGUUCUUGCAGCAUGUUUAAGCAUAAGAUAUCACAACUAAUGCUAAUGGCAGUGUGAAGGAAGUUUCAGUUGAAGAAAGUCGUCU